AUGGCGACGGACAUGUUGACCAUAUACCUGCACUAUGAAGAUACAAAUCAGGAAGCCAAAAUUUUACAAAAAUCCAUGAUGAGAGGCAGCUCCUACUUAGUUCACAUUUAUGAUGAAGGUGUUGUGAUGAAAAUGUUGUCUGACACUGAGAUUGUGAAAGCUGUCCAUCUGACAGUGGUGUCUCUGCUGAAGGGGCAGGGCAACUUACUAUGCAAGGGCCGCAAAGUUACGGACCAACGUGAUGUUGAAGAUGGAGACUGCAACAAUGGUGAGAAAUUCCCACAAGGUCAUGAAUCACAAGCAUUGGUCGAUGAAGAGGGUCAAGUGCACAAUCAAGACAAGGAAGUACGCAAGCGCAAGAGAACAAGCUUGCCAAUUGUCUGGAACAUGCCAAAGGGGCAGAGAAUAGUUGUGAAAUGCAAUGAAGAUAGCCAGCCUAUAGGAGAUGAAGGUGCAAUCUUGGGGAAGUUUCUGGGCACGGUUGCUAGAAAUGGAGGAUUUUGCCCACUAAACAUAAAUGAUUGGCGUCAUGUCAAAAAGAAUAGUGGUGAGGAAACAAUAUUGCAGUGCGUACAGACAAAGUUCGUGUAUCCUCGAUCAUGUGAAAAAUGGAUACUCAAAUCAAUUGGAAGAGACUGGAGGAAAUUUAAGUCUAGUUUGAAAGAUGCUUUCUUCAAACCCGCCAUUGAAAAAAAUCCAAACAUCAAGCGAAAGGCUUUGUAUAAGCUCUGUCCAGAAUAUGUGGACAACAAUCAAUGGCGUGGGCUUGUUAAAUAUUGGAAGUCCAAAAAAGGAAGGGCCCUUGCUGAGAAGAACAUAAUUAGUCGUUCCCUCGUGAAGGAUUCACAUAAUGCUGGCACAAAGAGUUAUGCUUGUUGGGGCGAAGACAUGAGGCAAGCUGAUCCUGAAAAGAAACGACCACACAGAUCAAAGGUUUAUUUAGCAACUCACAAGAAGAAGGACGAUGCUGAUGCUAAAAAUAAAGAUAGAAAUAAGCGCCUGGAUCGAUUGGAGAAUCUAAUAACCGAACUACCAGAGUUGGCACAAAAUUUGAAUGGAAGAGUCGCAUGGGAAGGUGAUGCCCUGCAGGAAGUGUUAGGGAAAGAAAAGAUUGGACAAGUGCAUGGCAUGGGUUUGCUUCCAACUCCUAAGCAAGUCUAUGGUCGGACGCCACGGUAUCUAAAAACAUCAAUAUGGCUACAACAGAUGGAUCACCAUAUGAAGUUGAACAUGACGUUUGGGAGGUAA